AUGGAGAUUAACGGAGCAUCACACAAUGUUGUUAACGGAGGAGUCGAGGCUACGUUAUGCAUCGGAGAGAUCAAGAAAAACGUGACGGUGGUUGCUUCCUCAGAUCCACUCAACUGGGGAGCUGCGGCGGAGCAAAUGAAAGGGAGCCAUUUGGAUGAAGUGAAGAGAAUGGUGGAGGAGUUUAGGAAACCAGUGGUGAAUCUUGGAGGUGAGACUUUGACGAUCGGACAAGUGGCAGCGAUCUCGACCAUGGGAAAUGGUGUGAAGGUGGAGUUGUCGGAAACGGCAAGAGCUGGUGUGAAAGCGAGUAGUGAUUGGGUAAUGGAGAGUAUGAACAAAGGUACUGAUAGUUAUGGUGUUACUACUGGUUUUGGUGCUACUUCUCAUCGGAGAACCAAAAAUGGUGUCGCACUACAAAAGGAGCUUAUAAGAUUCCUAAACGCCGGAAUAUUCGGCUCCACGAAGGAAACAUGUCACACAUUGCCUCACUCCGCCACAAGAGCCGCCAUGCUUGUACGGAUCAACACUCUCCUUCAAGGAUAUUCCGGUAUCCGAUUCGAGAUCCUCGAAGCAAUCACAAGUUUCCUCAACAACAACAUCACUCCUUCUCUUCCUCUCCGCGGUACAAUCACCGCCUCCGGAGAUCUCGUUCCUCUCUCCUACAUCGCCGGACUUCUCACCGGCCGUCCUAAUUCCAAAGCCACAGGUCCCAACGGCGAACCUUUAACCGCGGAAGAAGCUUUCAAAUCCGCCGGAAUCACCUCCGGAUUCUUCGAUCUGCAACCUAAGGAAGGUCUUGCGUUAGUCAAUGGCACGGCGGUUGGAUCUGGAAUGGCGUCGAUGGUUUUGUUCGAGACGAAUGUUCUAUCUGUUUUGGCUGAGAUUUUAUCGGCGGUUUUCGCCGAGGUUAUGAGCGGAAAGCCUGAGUUCACCGAUCAUCUGACUCACCGAUUGAAACAUCAUCCCGGCCAAAUCGAAGCGGCGGCGAUAAUGGAGCAUAUCCUCGACGGAAGCUCGUACAUGAAAUUAGCUAAGAAGCUUCACGAGAUGGAUCCAUUGCAGAAACCUAAACAAGAUCGUUACGCUCUUCGUACUUCUCCUCAAUGGUUAGGUCCUCAAAUCGAAGUGAUUCGUUACGCGACGAAAUCGAUCGAGCGUGAGAUCAACUCAGUGAACGAUAAUCCAUUGAUCGAUGUUUCGAGAAACAAAGCGAUUCACGGUGGGAAUUUCCAAGGAACACCAAUCGGAGUUUCUAUGGAUAACACUCGUCUUGCAAUUGCAGCGAUUGGUAAGCUCAUGUUUGCUCAAUUCUCUGAGCUUGUGAAUGAUUUCUACAACAAUGGUUUACCUUCGAAUCUAACCGCAUCGAGGAAUCCGAGUUUGGAUUAUGGUUUCAAAGGAGCUGAGAUUGCUAUGGCUUCGUAUUGUUCUGAGCUUCAGUACUUAGCUAAUCCAGUGACUAGCCAUGUUCAAUCAGCAGAGCAACAUAACCAAGACGUGAACUCUCUCGGACUAAUUUCGUCUCGCAAAACAUCCGAAGCUGUCGACAUUCUCAAGCUCAUGUCCACUACAUUCCUUGUCGCGAUUUGCCAAGCCAUCGAUCUGAGACAUUUGGAGGAGAAUCUGAGACAGACAGUGAAGAACACUGUCGCUCAAGUGGCGAAGAAAACUCUUACUUCUACAAUCAAUGGUGAUCUUCACCCGUCUCGCUUUUGCGAGAAGGAUUUAGUCAAAGUCGUAGACCGUGAACAAGUCUACACAUACGUAGAUGAUCCUUGUAGCGCAACGUACCCGUUGAUCCAGAAGCUAAGACAAGUUAUAGUCGAUCACGCUUUGGUUAAUGGUGAGAGUGAAAAGAACACAGUGACUUCCAUCUUCCAUAAGAUUACAUCUUUCGAGGAAGAGCUCAAAGCGGUGUUACCGAAAGAAGUCGAGGCAGCUAGAGCGGCGUUUGAUAAUGGAACAUCUGCUAUACCGAACAGGAUCAAGGAAUGUAGGUCGUAUCCUUUGUAUAGGUUCGUUAGGGAAGAGGUUGGAACAGAGCUUUUGACCGGAGAGAAAGUUACGUCGCCAGGAGAAGAAUUCGACAAGGUUUUCACGGCGAUUUGCGAAGGAAAAAUCAUUGAUCCGAUGAUGGAAUGUCUCAACGAGUGGAAUGGAGCUCCAAUUCCAAUAUGUUAA